AUGUGCCGCAUGAUGGUCUUCGCCGGGACCUGCACCACCUGCGGCCAGUUCUUCGAGUGGGCCGACCUGGCCCAGCGGCUGUCCUGCCUCGAGGCCAAGAACGCGGGCCUCUUCGGCCAGUGCCACCGCGGCGUGCAGGUCGAGGAACUCGCCUUCGACCAGGAGUGCGACACGUGCGCCGAGGAGGACGAGGGCAUCGGCGUCGAGGAGGGCGCUGCCUCUGCUGCUACUGCUGACUUUGGCCUGGAUGGCGACGGAGGCAAGGUCGCUGUCAAGGAGGACAAGCCGCCGCCGGCGAAGGACGACCAAGCGUCUGCGGCUGGUGCUUCGGCGGGCAGCAGGAGAAAGAGGGACAACGAUGCGGCCAGGCGGCAGAGCGUCGAGGUGGCGAGGGAUAGCGAGAGGGGUAAACGGCACAAGGCGUCAUGA